AUGCAAAGAGAGUACUCACCAGCUGGCCCGCUCCAUUCACAGGAUGACGCUGCUGUUGGGGCCGCCAGGCUGCGGCAAGUCAACGCUGCUGAGGAUUGUGGCAAGGAAGGCGGAGAGGGAGCUGUGCGUGCAGGGCUAGGUCACGUACACGGGCGCCCGGGGAGCGAGUUUGUGGUGCCGCGGUCCGUGGCGCUUGUGGCUCAGACGGACUCCCACAUGGGCAAGAUGACCGUCCAGGAGACGCUCCAGUUCUCCGCUCGCCUGCAGGGGCCGGGGCCACACAUGGCAGGUGAGCAUGCGGAGAGGAAUAUCAGGAGGCGAGAAGAAGCGCGUUACCAUCGCCGAAGCACUCCUGGGAUCUCCUCCAGGCUCGACUCAGCCACUGCCUAUCAGAUCAUACGAUUUCUACGCAGCCUCACGCACUUAACUAAUACCACCACCCUCAUCUCCCUGCUGCAACCCGCACCGGAAACCUUCGAGCGGUUCGAUGACGUCAUGCUGAUGUCAGAGGGGCAGAUUGUCUACCAUGGGCCUAGGGAGGAGGUGCUGGGAUUUUUAAAGGAAAUGGGGUUUGCGCCGCCCGCCCGCAAGGGAGUGGUCGACUUCCUGCAAGAGGUGCGUUUCCCCCGUGCUGCCUCGCACUUGCUCCUGAAUACUCUUGAAGGUAACUCGCAUGUUUCUCCCAAGGUGCCUCGAGUUGGUCCCGAUAGCUCUCAGUAUUAA